UGUAAUAAUUGCGGCACGACGACAACUCCCCUCUGGCGACGCGACGAGGAGGGCAAUAACAUCUGCAACGCCUGCGGCCUCUACCAGAAGCUGCACGGCGUUGCGCGCCCUGUUGGCAUGCGCAAGACGGUUAUCAAGCGGCGCAAACGU